CUGAGAAAUACUAAUCACCCUCACGAACAUCCAGAAACUUCCCACAAUGUUGCCAGAGCAGCACAGUCUCCUAUCAGCAGUGCGGGAGGGAAUGCAUCAGUCGUCCGAAGUCCGGUCAGGAAAGAAGAACCGUGUCAGUGCCCGGAAUGUGGAAAACAAUUGAGAAGCACUGCCGGUUUACACCUUCAUCAUCUGCGAUACCACAGCGUUGAAAUGUCUCAUGUUUGCAGCGUUUGUUCCCGAAAAUGCAUUUGCAAAAGCGAACUGGCCCAGCAUAUGCGAGUCCAUUCCGGAGAGCGACCGUACAAAUGCAGCGUGUGCAGUGAAAGGUUCGCGCACAGCGGCAAUCGCAAUCGUCAUAUGCGAAAACAUACUGGUGAAAAGCUGUACACCUGCGAAUUCUGUAACAUUAGCUUUUCUCUUCUUCAUAGCCUGAAAAGUCAUAACAAGACUCAUUAUCGUCCAGCGGCAAUGCAAACUUUCUCUAGACAUUACUAA